GACCCACAAAUCUUGAGAUCGCGGAUAGGAGAGAAAUGGCGAAAUUCUCGGUUGGUGGGGACGACGAUGGGGAGGGACCCAGCAACCCGACCCAAAAGCGACGCCGGAUUGUUGUUAGAUGCGGCACCGUCGGAGAAGACGAACGGCAAGACAUCGGAAACCCAAGCGGAACAGAAGACGAAAGAGAAGAUAUUGUGCAGGAGCUCGAGGUGCUACAAAGUGAAGAAGAUCCAUGUAACGAUGAUUCUGGCAAUUGCUUUGGAGCUAGAUCAAGCGAUAGCGGUGAAGACAACAGUGUUUCAGCGCCUGAAAAUAGGGAUAGGUCCAUUUCUGUCACCCUUAGCGAUCCUGAUGUGUUUGAUUGCUGCAUUUGCUAUGAACCCUUGAGUAUCCCUAUUUUCCAGUGUGAGAAUGGGCAUAUUGCUUGCUCUUCCUGUUGUGUUAAACUUGGGAACAAGUGUCCCAUGUGCUCUAUGCCCAUUGGCUAUAACCGUUGCCGAGCCAUUGAGAAGGUGCUGGAAUCUGUUAAGAUAUCCUGCCUAAAUGCACAAUAUGGUUGUAAAGAAACAAUAACUUACAGCAAGAAAAAUGACCAUGAAAAGCAAUGCAUUUAUGCACCAUGUACAUGCCCGCAAUCAGGUUGCAAUUUUGUUGCCCCCACUAAGGAGCUGUCACUCCACUUUCUCCUUAAACAUGGGGGUUCUGCGAGGAAUUUUACCUAUAAUAGCUUCUUCUCUAUCUUCCUGAGGGUAAAUGAUGAAGUUAUUAUUCUUCAAGAACAGAAUAGUGCCGAUCUAUUCAUGCUCAAGAAUAAAGCGGGGGAUCUGGGGAAUAUGGUUAAUGUUAGCUGCAUUUGUCCCAAUUUAUUCCGAAAGGCAUGCUACUAUGAUAUUCUGGCCAGAUCCCAGGGAUGCUGUCUGAAAAUACAUUGUUUAGCGGAGAACGAACAUGGUCGCAAAGCCAAUAAUACUACCCCGACAGGGUUUCUUUUGAUCCCAUCUUGUUUUUUUGGCUCUGGACAGAUCAAACUGGACAUUCGCAUUGUUAUAACACCCAUCUUGCAGAUGUGCAGAGAUCAUAGUGUUGUGUAUUUGUAAAAUGAAGAGUACUAUCGUCUCUUGAUCCGUUCCGUGUAAAAGGAACGGGAUUAUACUGGACAGAUCAGAAAGAACUUAUUCUAUGUGGCCACAGCUGGCCUUGUUAAAAUUUCUGGCAUGAAUGUGCCAUUAUAUUGGCUUAAUAUGGUUAAGAUUAAUUGAAUUGGAUGUGUCUUCUUGAAGUUAACCUUGUUU